AUGGAAUGCACCUCUAUCAGUACCAGCGCCUCUACGAUUCGUUCAUUGCACGACAGUUUCGUCGACCAGAAUGUCUCAACCUCAUCUCUACCUUCCUCACCGCGCUCUAACACCAGUGCCCUCCCAUCACCGCCUGACAGUCCUUCUUUGGACUCCGUUUCUUCAUUUCCCUCCGUUUCAUCCUCAUUUUUCUUCAGUUCCUCAGGUGCAAGUCCUCCGUCUCAGCAAUCGGACCAUGGCCGGGAUUCUACACAGGGGCUCAUCAUUCCCUCAUUGACACUACCAGACCCUCUUCGCUAUCCAACGCCCUACGGUCAGACCUUGGGAGAUAUUCGUAUCAUUACACUUGGGACUAAGGGUGUGGGGAAGAGUUUCUUGACAAAACUGCUACUGGAAGACAACGAGGAUGUGGUGGAUGAGGGCAUCUGGGAAGACGGGGAGUAUGGGAAGGUGAUGCGCGCGUCGACUGACUGGUUAGAUCGACGGGAUGCCCAUGGUCUAGAAAAGUUUGAGCCGGCUCGCAAUGUCGAGAUUCACGAGCUACCGGGAUACGAGUACACCGACAACGUAAGAUUUCGCACCUUUUGUGACGGAUCUACAUCCCUUGACAUAUUUACAAAGGAACUAAUAAUGCAUGUCAAGUCGAUGGUCCAAACCCCUUUUUGUGCCGUAUCUAAUAUUUUGGAUCCUUCUUGUGAUCCUUCUACCAUAUCCACCAACCUGGUGGCGUCGGCUUACACACCGCUUUACACAGCACUAGUCCUCUUGCUGUCGUCCAGUGAGUUCGUUCCUUCUUAUUCGGCCUUCUACCUUAUCAGGUUCCCAGAUUCCUCCAUUGAGCGGAAACUAAUCAAGGAGCUGUCCAGCUACAUUCCCAUAAUAGUUCUUCCCCAUGUUGACCAUGACGAUGACAUAUCCCCGUCGAUAUCAUCAUUCCGACCGCCAUCCCCGAUAACUCUGCGCCAGGGCCUUUUCCGCAGCCCCGCGACGUUAUUGACUUUAAGAAAUGAAGCUGCCGACCGCUUCUUCCGAUGGCGUGAAGUUUCCUAUCUCUCUGAUGGCAUUCGCGCGCAGCGUCAACGUCAAGCUUCCACGCGAAGCGAUGCAUGGAAAGAUAAGGAUUGGGAGGCCUCGUUGUCCUACGACGUCGCGAGGAGAUUGAGGGAUCUUGAGAGGAGAAGCGAAACCCAUGCGUCUGGUCUUGACCAGAAUUCCGAACCGAAAUUGCCUUGCUUCGGCGUGGUCGGUUUCGAUCCCUUGCACUUCACAUCACUGUUCAUGUUUUCGAUUUCGAUCCUGGGCCCUCUGCAGAGGCGGACGCGGAGAUCUAUUCAGGGUUUCUUCUCAAGCAUGAUAAAUUGGAAUGUCUGCGUUGCGCUAGUUGGGGGAUUUUGUAUCGGCUUGGGUAUUGGGAUCCUGCUUAGAUAGGACAGCAUGUCCUGCUUCCCACAUCUGAUUUGUAUGUGGUCAUGUGUUUUUACUUUCUGUUAUUGUAUGUUUUAGUUUGAUGCGACUGUGAAAAAUGGAGAUUUGGCGAGCAUAGAUCGUCAUGUACGUCGACGCAUGUCCUGAUUAUCCACACUUCUGUUGAUUCCAC